AUGGCUGAAUAUGAGUCAGCAGUAGGCAUUAAGAAGCUCUGGAAAGUUCAAGGCUUUCUGUUCAUCAUGAUGCUGUCAGACAACAAGCCAUCUCAGCCCCAACACUGGACCCGAAGAUUCUCUCUCCAUCGUAACUACCCACCCACCUCCUGCCUCCUCCUUCAUGACCUGAACUGCAAACAACAUAACCUUAAAACAAGGACAAUCGAGCCCAAAACUGAAAUAAAACUAGAGGACAAUAUCUGGGACCACACACCUAGACCUGGCCCUGGGCACGAGGAACUGGGAACCGACAGCCAGCGGCCCCUCCCCGCGCUCUGGGCGGCUCCUUCCUCUCGGCCCCGGCCGGGCCCGGCAGCGGCGGCGCUCGCUAGCGCUGUGUCACUUUCGCCCUGCGGAGGCUUCAGCGGCCGGCGGCUCCUGCGGCUUCCUCCCUGGCCGCGCGGGCUCUUGGCCUGGGAGAUAAUCCCCGGGCCACAGAGACACUGCGCCGGGAGGGCUGGGGCGCGCUGGGGCUGCCGGGCCGCCUUGGGCUCCCACUGUCCCCAGACUGAAGAGUGGGGCCUGGGGAGGCCGCCGCUGGUUCUCCCCCGGGUCUGCGAAGCCAGCGGGGGCGAGCGCGGCCACGCACACCCACGGAACGCCUCGGUGCGGGGUCACCACAGCGUGGACCGGGGGCGGCGCAGCCAAACCAGCACCCCCCGCGCCGCAGGGUGGACUCCCAAUCUGUCGGGUCAGGGGGCGUCGCGGACGCGGAGAGAGGGGCCGCUAACUCGGGCGCACGCGCGCGGGGACACUCGACCCCGACUAGGAAGCCGGAGGCCUGGAGGGACGGGUCGCGCGGGGGAUCGGGACCCACGCGCGUCCCCACUACGCCGCUGUCUGCGGUCCCCGCCCGCCCCCACCUCACACACACCGGAGCCGUGUCCCCAGCCCUGCAAACUCGCGGAACCGAACAGAGCCAACGCCGCCCAGAUAAGAGGCUCGGACCGCCUCCCUCCGGAUGGUCUUUUGCCAUCAAUAGAGAAAUACACUCGGCUCAGGCGCGCAGUGUCCCGGACGCCCCCUCCGGCCACAUCCAGGCACCGGCACGCGGCCCUCCGAGGCCCCAGACCUUCGCCGCAGCCCAAGCCAACGCCCCCAGUCCCCCGCCCGCCCGCUCAUCCCCACGACCGGCGCCCGGGACAGUUACCUGCUUGUUGUCCUGAUGAACCCGAGCCGGAGUCCACCCCACGGCCGCUCGGGUCACUCGCCACCCUGAGGUGGCUUUUCAGAGCCUGUCAAGUGAACCCCGCUCCUCCCGGCUUAUCUAUUCCCAGGCCCGAUUGCGCCGCGGCGACAGGAAUAAUACAAACGCCAACAGAACCACAACGGUUGGGAGUGACCAAAGCUGAGACCGCCACGGGUCCACCGAUUUGUUUCUUCCUCUGCUCCCAUCCCCGCUCCCCCCGCGGCCCGCGGGCUCACCGGGGACGCAGGGAGGGGGCUGCGCCCUGUCUAGACGACAGCCAUCCACAGACAUCCCCGAGCCCGCGGGGACGGGCGCGCACACUCACACACGCCCGCUGCCACAGACACAAUCACCAGGGGAGGGAGGGGCGGCGUGGAGACACACUCUCGGGGUCCCUCCUGCAGACCCGAGUGCCGCAGCCCCCGGCCCCGAGACGCCACCCCGAAACGCGCUCCCUACCUCGGCGGAGCGAGGAUGGCGGGCCCUGGAGAGCGGGGUGGCCCCGGGACGCUCGGGAUGUCGCCUUAGCUGCCAAGACAGCCCAGUCUAGCGACGCCAAAACCCGCCGCCCAGCGACUCCACGGCACUGGCGCAGCCCUAGCCAGAAAAGGGCAGAGAUUCACCCUGGUUGACCUCAGGAGCACGAAUCCCCUCUGAGACAAGGAAAGUGCCUCUUAUCCCAAAUUACAUCCCUAUGCUGUGACCCUCUGGGUCCCCUUUGGGGCAUUAUACACCCUUCCUCCAGUGUGGAUUAACCAGGCUGUUGUGCUUAAAAGUCCAAAGGAGAAGGUACCAGAUAAGUAGCACAGCCCCCAGAAGACAACCCAGCCAGUUCCUCUGUGGGGCAAUGGCUUCAUCGGAGGUCAUCCCACCCUGACCCUACAAGGCUGAAUUGAAUGCUGGUCCUGUGGUGCUAAAGUGUGUAAAAGGAGGAAAGAAGGAUGGGAAGAGGCCUCAGGACUAGGUCAGAAGAAGCACCUAAAACAGAAGAUCCAGCCCAGCAGUGACCACUCCACUGUGGGUCAUAGGUUGAGCUGCCACAUAACCAUCACCUGGCACCUCUGGUGUUGGAGGACGGGGCUUGAGCUCUGUUCUCUGGGGACCUAUCGGGGCAUGCUGAUGCACACGGUGCUGAAGGGAAGAGGGAAGACAGCACCUAUCAUUCCCACACGUCCACAUUUCUCCCCCAUGAAUGGAGACAGCGCUUCCUCAUCCUGGUGAACCCCCUUCAACCCCUCCCAAUACCUUCCCCUCCCUCCCCAUUGUCGUCCCCAUCAACUUCCUGGUUGUAGCCAAAGCCUGACACACGACAGGUCAAACUUUCUGGGGAGGCUUCCUGGAAGAAUGGGGUCAUUUUCAUAUGUCAGGGAGAUGCUCUGCUUCUGCUACAAAGCAGCGCUGCCUUCCCAUCAGACCCAGCUCUGACAGCCUUUUGUCUGCUGCUUUCAUUUCUGCCAAGUUUUUGCCACAUCCUGCUGAGCCUGAUUAAGAAAUCUGGGGCCCACUUUUCGGUUUCUGACCAAUAGAGAAAGCCCUGAGAGCCAGCAAGGAUGUUGAUGCUUUCUUGCCAAUGGCGGCAGUGGCAGAGGCAGAGAAUUCUCCAGCUGGGCGGUUUGGACUGGCGCGCGGCCUCAUGCUGGGCCAGCUGCAGGUGUUCCAGAUGGCCAGCCUGGAGUCUGCUCAGCUCCACAGCCAGCCUUUGUUCAUGGCCCACUGUCCUCACCAUCCCCAUGAAAUGCACAUCGAGUAUACUGGCACACCUAGAAGUACAGCAGAAGGCUUCUUGAUGGCGCUAUUUCAAGGCAUGUUUAUUUAUUAGUUUAUUUUUUUGAGACAGGUUCUCACUCUAUCACCCAGCCUGGAGUGCAGUGGUGUGAUCACAGCUCACUGCAGCCUGGGCUCAAGCAAUCCUCCCACCUCAGCCUCCCAAGGAAUGGGGACUAAAGAUGUGCACCACCAUGCCUGGCUAUUUUUAAUUUUAUAUAGAGAGGGUCUUGCUAUGUUAUGUUACUCAGGCUGGUCCUGAACUACUGGGUUCAAGGGAUCCUCCUGCCUUGGCUUCCCAAAGUGUUGGGAUUACACAUAUGAGUCACCACUCUCAGUCUCGUAUUUCUUUUAAAAAGGAGAACAGAUGAGAAAACUUUAUUAUGGAAGUGUUGCACACCAAAGGGAAUUGGGUUAUAUAAUGUCUGUUGACAGCAUCCAGGUAUUCCAAUUAGGAACCCAAUAUUCUAAAAGUAAGCUUUAUAACAACAACUUAUUUGAGGUGAAGACUAACUCAGAACAUCUGGAAUGGAUGGUCGCUUUUUCCAGAAAUCAUUCAUUGGUUUGGCUAAAAUGCCAUGUGCCGUAUGCUUUUUUUCAUGUGGAGUUCAUGAACAGACCAAAGUACUUGGGGUGAGAAAAGUCAGAAUAGUGACUACCUAUGAGAGAGUUGAACAGGAAGGGGUAUGAAGAAAUCUAGAAAUUGCAUCUUGAUCUGGGUGGUGGUUAUACAGGUAUAGUCAUAUGUGGAGAUUUAUCAAGAUACACAGUUAGGGCCGGGCGCGGUGGCUCAGGCCUGUAAUCCCAGCACUUUGGAAGGCUGGGGCGGGUGGAUCACGAGGUCAAGAGAUUGAGACCAUCCUGGUCAACAUGUUGAAACCCCAUCUCUACUCAAAAUACAAAAAAUUAGCUGGUCAUGGUGGCACGUGCCUGUAAUCCCAGCUACUCAGGGGGCUGAGGCAGGAGAAUUGCCUAAACCCAGGAGGUGGAGGUUGUGGUGAGCCGAGAUCGCGCCAUUGCACUCCAGCCUGGGUAACAAGAGUGAAACUCCGUCUCAAAAAAAAAAAAAAAAAAAAAGAUAUACAGUUAAGAUGAGUGUACUCAUGUAUGUGUGAUAAUCUUCCAUGCAAAUUAAAAAAAUUUUUGGACUCCCUACUGUGUGCUGGGUACCGCAUUAGGUACUUGGAGUACACAUUCUUUCAGCAAAGACAGACAACCAGGCAAAUACAGUAUGGCGCAUUAAGGGCAGGUUGGCAGGAACUACUGGCUGCUAGCCUGUCUCCAUUCUCCCCUUUGGUAGUAACAGAAGCGUGGCUUUUAGCUGGGAAUGUUGCCACCCAGGAUAAAAAUGACAUCUCCCAGGUUUCUUUACCAAGGUGUGGUCCCCCGAUUAGCUCCUGGCCAUAAGAUGUGAGUGGAAGUGCUCUAAAGGACAUCAGGGAAGACUGCUUAAAAUGAAGGCCAACUUUGUUACCUUUGGCCCCUUCUGGCGUCUGAAAUGUGGAUCAGAAUGCAGCAUUUCCAGCUGACAUUUUGAAUCAUAAAGUGACCUUGAUGAUGAAAAUCAUGCAGCAAAGAUGCUGGAGAAGAAAGAGGAGGAUGGGUCCCUAAUGACCUUGAGGAACUACCACACCAGCUUCAGGCUGUCUCCUUCCAGACGGUUUGUACAUGACUGAGUGAACUUGGGUGCAUUGAAGUCAUUAUGUUUCAGCAGGCUAUUACUCACAGCCUAAGUAAUCACAUGUUAAGAUAAAGUUAAACACAGGGUAGGAUUCCAUGGGAGACACAGUAAGGCACCAGCUCUGAGUGGGCAACAGGUUAUCAUCAAGACAAUUUCUUAGACAAGGUGCCACUUGAGCUGAGUCUUGAAGGAGAAGUAAAAUUUAGCUAGGAGAUAUAAUGAGUCUUUUUUUUUUUUUUUUGGUACAGAGUCUCACUCUGUCCCCCAGGCUGGAGUGCAGUAGCGUGACCUCAGCUAACUGCAACCUCCGCCUCUGGGUUCAAGCGAUUCUUGUGUCUCAGUCUCCUGAGUAGCUGGGACUAUAAGCACAUACCACCAUCCCUGGCUAAUUUUUAUAUUUUAAUAGAGACGGAGUUUCACCAUGUUGGCCAGACUGGUCUCAAACUCCUGACCUCAAAUGAUCCACCCACCUCAGCCUUCCAAAGUGCUGGGAUUACAGGCAUGAGCCACCAUGCCCAGCCAUGAUGAGUCUUUUUUUUUUUCAUAAGUUAUUGGAAUACAGGUGGUGUUUGGUUACAUGAAUAAGUUCUUUAGUGGUGAUUUGGGAAAUUUUGGUGCACCCAUCACCCGAGCAGUCUACACAGCACCCUAUUUGUAGACAUUUAUUUCUCGCCCCUUCUCACUCUUCCCUCCCAUGCCCCCAAAGUUCAUUGUAUCAUUCUUAUGCCUUUGUGUAGCAUAGCUUAGCCCCCACAUAUCAGUGAGAACAUACAAUGUUUGAUUUUCCAUUCCUGAGUUACUUCAUUUAGAAUAAUAGUCUUUAAUCUCAUUCAGGUCACUGCAAAUGCUGUUAAUUCAUUCCUUCUUAUGGCUGGUAGUAUUCCAUCAUAUAUAUGUAUCUAUAUAAUAUAUAUAUAGAUAUAGAUGUAUAUUCUCUCUAUAUAUGUAUGUGUGUGUGUGUGUGUGUGUGUGUGUGUGUGUGUAUCACAGUUUCUUUAUCCACUUGUUGAUUGAUGGGCAUUUGGGUGGUUCCACAAUUUUGCAAUUGUAAAUUGUGCUGCUAAAAAUAUGUGUGUGUAUCUUUUUCGAAUAAUGACUUCUCUUCCUCUGGGUAGACACCCAGUAAUGGCAGUUCUACUUUUAGUUCUUUAAGGAAUCUCUACACUGUUUUCCAUAGUGGCUGUACUAGUUUACAUUCCCACCAGCAGUGUAGAGUGUCCCCUGUUCACUGCAUUCACUCCAACAUCUACUGUUUUUUUAUUUUUUUGAUUAUGGCCAUUCUUGCAGGAGUAAGAUGGUAUUGCAUUGUGGUUUUGAUUUGCAUUUCCCUGAUCAUUAGUGAUGUUGAGCACUUUUUCAUAUAUUUGUUUGCCAUUUGUAUAUUUGCUUUUGAGAACUGUCUAUUCAUGUCCUUAGCACACUUUUUGAUGGGAUUGUUUGUUUUCUACUUACUGAUUUGUUUGAGUUCAUUGUAGAUUCUGGAUGUUAGUAGUUUGUCAGAUGUAUAGAUUGUGAAGAUUUUCUCCCACUCUGUGGGUUGUCUGUGCAUUCUGCUGACUGGUCCUUCUGCUGUGCAAAAGCUAUUAUUAGGUCCCAGCUGUUUAUCUUAGUUUUUAUUGCAUUUGCUUUUGGGUUCUUGGUCAUGAAAUCCUUGCUGAAGCCAAUGUCUAGAAGGGUUUUUCCAAUGUUGUCUUCUAGAAUUUUUAGUUUCAGGUCUUAGGUUUAAGUCCUUAAUCCAUCUUGAGUUGAUUUUUGUAUAAAGUGAGAGAUGAGGAUCAGUUUCAUUCUCCUACAUGUGUCUUGCCAAUUAUCCUCGCACCAUAUUUGUUGAAAAGGGUGUCCUUUCCCCACUUUAUGUUUUUGUUUGCUUUGUCAAAGAUCAGUUGGCUGUAAGUACUUGGGUUUAUUUCUGGGUUGUCUAUUCUGUUCCAUUGGUCAAUGUGCCUAUUUUUAUACCAGUGCCAUGCUGUUUUGGUGACUAUGGCUUAUAGUAUAGUUUAAAAUCAGAUAGUUUGAUGCCUCCAGAUUUGUUUGUUUUUGCUUAGUCUUGCUUUGGUUAUGUAGGCUCUUUUUUGGUUUCAUAUGAGUUUUAGAAUUGUUUUUUCUAAUUCUGUGAAGAACGAUGGUGGCAUUUUGAUGGGGAUCGUAUUAAAUUUGUAGAUCACUUUUGACAGUAUGGUCAUUUUUACAAUAUUAAUUCUACCCCUCCAUGAGCAUGGGAUGUGUUUCCAUUUGUUUGUGUCAUCUGUGAUUUCUUUUAGCAGUGUGUUGUAGUUUUCCUUGUAGAGGUCUUUCAACUCCUUAGGUAUAUUCCUAAGUAUUUUAUUUUAUUUUUUUGCAGCUAUUGUAAAAGGGAUUGGGGUCUUGAUUUGGUUCUCUGCUUGGUUGCUGUUGGUGUAUAGAAGAGCUACUGAUUUGUGUACAUUAAUCUUGUAUCCGGAAACUUUGCUGAAUUCUUGUAUCAGUUCUAGGAGCUUCCUGGAGGAGUCCUUAGGGUUCUCAAGGUAAAUGAUCAUAUCAUUAGCAAACAGUGACAGUUUGACUUUCUCUUUACUGAUUUGGAAGCCCUUUACUUAUUUCUCUUGUCUGAUUGCUCUGGCUAGAAGCAAUAUGUCCAGUAAUAUGUUGAAGAGGAGUGGUGAGAAUGGGCAUCCCUGUCUUGUUCCAGUUCUCAGAGGGAAUGCUUUCCACUUUUCCCCAUUCAGUAUUAUGUUGGCUGUGGGUUUGUCAUAGAUGGCUUUCAUUACAUUAAGGUAUAUAUGUCCCUUGUAUGCUGAUUUUGCUGAAAGUUUUAAUCAUAAAGGGAUACUGGAUUUUUGUUGAAUGCUUUUUCUGCAUCUAUUGAGAUGAUCGUGUGAUUUUUGUUUUUAAUUCUGUUUAUGUGGUAUAUCACAUUUAUUGACAUGCAUAUGUUAAACCAUCCCCGCAUCCCUGGUAUAAAACCUACUUGAUCAUGGUGGAUUAUCUUUUAGAUAUGUUGUUGGAUUCAGUUAGCUAGUAUUAGGUUAAGGAUUUUAGCAUCUAUGUUCAUCAGGGAUAUCAGUCUGUCGUAUUCUUUUUGGUUUAUGCCCUUUUCUGGUUUUGGCAUUAGGGUGAUGCUGGCUUCAUAGAAUGAAUUGGUGAGGGUUUCUUCUUUCUCUAUCUUGUGGAAUAGCGUUAAAAGGAUUGGUACCAAUUCUUUGAAUGUCUGAUAGAAUUCUGUUGUGAAUCUAUCUGGUCCUGGGCUUUUUUUUUUUUCUUUUUUUCUUUUUCUGUUCAAGGGAUAAAUCCAAGAGGUCCUGGACUUUUUUUGUUGGUAAUUUAAAAAUUACUGUUUCAAUCUCACUGCUUGUUAUUGGUCUGUUCAGGGUAUCUAAUUCUUCCUGAUUUAAGCUAGGAGGGUUGUAUUUUUCCAGGAAUUUGUCCAUCUCUUCUAGGUUUUCUAGUUUAUGUCCUUAAAGGUGUUCCUAGUAGCCUUGAAUGAUCUUUUGUAUUUCAGUGUUGUCAAUUGUAAUAUCUCCUGUUUCAUUUCUUAGUGAGAUCAUUUGGAUUUUCUCUUUUCUUUUCUUGGUUUAUCUUGCUAAUGGUCUAUCAAUUUUUUUAUCUUUUCAGAGAACCAGCCUUUUGUUUCAUUUACCUUUUGUUUGUUUGUUUCAAUUUCAUUUAGUUCUUGCUCUGAUCUCCAUUGUUUCCUUUCUUCUGCUGGGUUUGGAUUUGAUUUGUUCUUGUUUCUCUAGUCCUUGAGGUGUGGUCUUAGAACUUCAGUCUGUGCUCCUUCAGUCUUUUUGAUGCAGGCAUUUAGGUCUAUGAACUCUUCUUUAGCACCACCUUUGCUGUAUCCCAGAGGUUUUGAUAGGUUGUGUCAUUGUUGUUGUUCAGUUCCAAGACUUUUUAAAUUUUCAUCUUGAUUUUGUUUUUGACCCAGUGCUCAUUCAGGAGCAAGUCAUUCAAUUUCCAUGUAUUUGCAUGGUUUUGAAAGUUCUUUUUGGAAUUAAUUUCCAGUUUUAUCUCACUGUGGUCUGAGAGAGUGGUUGACAUAGUUUCAAUUUUCUUAAAUUUAUUGAGACUCAUUUUGUGGCCUAUUGUAUGGUAUAUCCUGGAGAAACUUCCAUGCAUUGUUGAAUAGAAUGUGUAGUUCUUGGAUGAAAUAUUUUGUAUAUAUCUGUUAAGUCCAUUUGUUCCAAGGUAUGGUUUAAAUCCAUUGUUUCUUCGUUGACUUUCUGUCUUGAUGACCUCUCUAGUGGUGUCAGUGGAGUAUUGGAGUCUCCCACUAUUAUUGCGUUGCUGUCUAUCUCAUUUCUUAGGUCUAUUAGGAAUUGUUUUUAAAAAUUUGGGAGCUCCAGUGUUAGGUGCAUAUAUAUUUAGGAUUGUGAUGCUUUCCUGUUGAACAAGGUCUUUUGCCAUUAUAUAAUGUCCCUCUGUCUCUUUUAACUGCUGUUGCUUUAAAGUUUGCUUUGUCUGAUAUAAGAAUAGCUACCUCUGGUCACUUUUGGCGUCCAUUUGCAUGAAAUGCCUUUUUCCACUCCUUUACUUUAAGUUUAUGUGAGUCCUUCUGUGUUAGAAGAGUCUCCUGAAAGCAACAGAUAGUUGGUUUGUGAGUUCUUAUACAUUCUGCCAGUUCUGUAUCUUUUAAGUGGAGCAUUUAGGCCAUUUACAUUAGUAAUUAUGAAUGUUAGUGUUGAAAUGUGAGGUACUGUUACAUUCAUUGUGUUUUUUGUUGCCUGUGUACUUUGUUUUUUAUUUUGUUUUGUUUUUGGUUUUUGGUUUUUAACUUGUAUUUUUGUUCUAUAGAUCUUGUGUGAUGUAUACAUUCUUUAAUGUAUACAUUUUGUUUUGAUGUGUUUUCAGGAUUUGUUUAAAAAUAUAGAGCUCCUUUAGGCAGUUCUUCUUGUAGUAGUGGCUUGGUAAUGGUGAAUUCUCUCAGCAUUCAUUUGUCUGAAAAUGACUAUAUUUUUCCUUCAUAUAUGAUGCUUAGUUUCACUGGAUACAAAAUUCUUGGCUGAUAAUUGUUUUGCUGAAACAAAGGCUGAUGAUGGGACUCCAAAUCUCUUCUAGCUUGUAGGGUUUCUGCUGAGAAAUAUGAUGUUAAUCUGAUAGAUUUUCCUUUAAGGUUACCUGGCGCUUCUGUCUUAUAGCUCUUAAGAUUCUUUCCUUCAUCUUAACUUUGGAGAUAACCUGAUGACGGUGUGUCCAGGCAAAGAUCUUUUUGUGAUUAAUUUCCCAGGUGUUCUUUUUGCUUCUUGUAUUUGGAUGUCUAGGUCUCUAGUGAGGCUGGGGAAGUUUUCCUUGAUUAUUCCCCCCAAAUAAGUUUUCUAAGCUCUUAGAAUUCUCUUCUUCCUCAGUAACACUGAUUAUUCUUAGGUUUGGUUGUUUAAUAUAAUCCCAGACUUCUUGGAGUCUUUGUUCACAUUUUCUUAUUCUUUUUAGUUUGUCUAUGUUGGAUUGGGUUAAUUCAAAGUCCUGUCUUUGAGCUCUGAAUUUCUUUCUUCUGCUUGUUCAAUUCCACUGUGGGGACUUUCCAGAACAUUUCACAUUUCUAAAAGUGUGUACAAAGUUUCCUGAAUUUUUUAUUUUUUUUUCUUUAAGCUGUCUAGUUCCUUGAAUAUUUCUCUGUUCAUUUUUUGUAUUUCCUUGCAUUGGGCUUCACCUUUCUCAGGUCCUUCCCUGAUUAGCUUAGUAACUCACCCCCCCGAAUUCUUUUUCAGGUAAAUCAGGGAUUUCUUCUUGGUUUGGAUCCAUUACUGGUGAACUCAUGUGAUUUUUGGGGGGUGUGGAAGAGCCUUGUUUUGUCAUAUUACCAGGGUUGUUUUUUUGGUUCCUUCUCAUUUAGGCAGGCUCUGUCAGAGAGAAGCUCUAGGGCUGAAGGCUGUUCAGAUUCUUUUGUCCCAUGGGGUGUUCCCUUGAUGUAGUACUCUUCCUCUUUUCCUAUGGAUGGGCUUCCUGUGAGCCAAACUUCAGUGAUUAUUUAUUGUCUCUAUUCUGGGUCUAGCCACCUAGUGAGUCUGUCUGGCUCCAGGCUGGUACUGGAAUGUUGUCUGCACAGAGUCCUGUGAUAUGAGCCAUCUAUGGAUCUCUUAGCUGUGGAUAC